AUGAACCAAAAAUAGCUUUAACUUAGUAAUUGGAAAUUUAGAGGCUUACCAGAAUCUGAAUCAUACGUUAAACCCACUUCUGAAAAAGAUGAUGUUGUUUUGCCGAAAUCUUAGCCUGCUUGGGCAAAUUUUUUGAUUGGAAUAUUCACUGCAGUUAUUGUACUACUUGUUCUCAUUGCUCUAGAUGGCAAUAAUGCUUAAUCUGAAAUAAAUGAUCCUUAAUUUGGCUAAAACGUGGGAAUACGCUUAAAUGCCAAUUAAAACUUUCAAAAUGCAAUAAUCAAAUUUGAGUAAAACAGGAAUGAAGAAGCAAAAGCUUUGAAUGAAGAAGAGUAGGAUAUGGUGUAUGAGUAUGCGAAUACCCAUACUCGCACUCCUUCUGUAACUCGAGAUGAUAGAUUAAAUAAAUUGGAGUAACAGUUGAAACAGCAUUAAAUCCAAAAUAAAUUAAUGAAAAAUGAACGCAAAUCAAUGUUUUUGGACCAUGCUAUGUAAAGUGAGACUAAAUUGAGUAGCGAAGAUUCUCCCCUUAAGAAGAAUCAACACAAAUCAAAACUUGAAUAACCAUCAAUCAAAAUGAAUAAUUUCUUUAACGAUCCUGAAAUUGCUACAAGAAGUUUAUAGAAUAAACGCAGGUCAGAGCUUCCUAAACUAAAACUAAGGUAGUUUUGA